GGAGAAAAAGGAAAAAUAAAAUCUUAAAAAAAAAAAAGAAAAGAAAAAGAAAAUGGGGGGAGAGAUGAAAAGUGCGUUGGCUGAGGGCCAGAAACCUGGGUUCUAGUCCUGGCUUUGCGGUGAGGUGGAAGGGGCGGCGCUCCCUCUCUGGGCUGCAGGCUCCUUGUCAGCAAAAGGGGGUAACAUGUCCAUCUCGUGGGGUUUUGAGGAUCGAAUGAAUAAAGGGACAAGAAAGGGUUAUGUAAGAUGUAAAAAAGGAGGCAAAUGGGAGUUGUGAUUAUUCAUAAAAUUGUGCCCAAGCUGACAUAAGCUAGGUUGGUGCAUUCCAUUCUUUCGGUCCCAGGAGCCAUGGUCCAGGAGGACCUAUAAGCAAGAGUUGGAUGGCCAGCCAAACCUCACGGAUGAUACCCAAUUGGAAGGGAAGUGGCAGAUGAACCUGCCUGCCCAGGGUGAAGCACCUGUACCUGGCCCCUUGCCUGGUGCUUAGUAUGUGCUCGAUAUAUGUUUGUUGAGUGAAUCAAUAAAUGGUGUUUUGGAGAAGACAUGGGCAAAAAUGAGUAAGAACAAUGGCAUAUGAGACAUUUCAGUGGGAGAAGUAAGAGGCAGAGUGGCGUAAGGAAGACACCACACGUUUUAGAGCCAGAAGGACCUGGGUUUCAGAGAUUCAGUUUCUUCAUCUGUAAAUGGGAGUAAUGACAGUCCCCGGUGGUUGCUAUGAGGAUUAGAUGAGAUCACGAGUGUGAAGUGGCUGGCCUUCCAAGGACACCCAGUCCACGGUUACAGCGAUGAUUACUGUUAUUAAGAUGGGAGGGUGCAUCCUUCCUCUUAGGAGAGACUAUUCGGAGGCUUCCAGCCCUUCACCCUCCAGUGAGGCUGGGUGGCCUCACUCUCCUUCCCCUCCCCACCCUCCCCGGGGCUGAAGGGGUCUGGCUUUCCAGGUGGUUUGCCUGGCUGGCCCUUUGGGAGCAAUGAGGGCGAGUGUGACCCUCUGGAGGGACCCAUAGCUCCAGCCCAGCUUCAGAGACAGACUCGUCGUUUGGGGAGUCUAUGCUGGGCCACUGAAGAGACCACUUGCAAAGGAAUAGCCGAAAUUUUCAAGGGGGCUGAACCAGAGAGGAGAGUCCUUUGGAAAAGGGAUGAUGGGAGAUCUUGCCUCCAAGCCAGCCAGCAGGAAGUGAUCCCUGAAGCCCCUCCCCUGGCUGCUGUCAAAGGCUUAAGUUCUGGUGGUGUGUUUGUGGGGAGGGGGAUGUUAACAUCUGAUCCUGCUAAGCCCUGCCAACGCGGCUCCCUGCCAGCCCGUUCUCUGCAUUUCCUCAGUGGCACGUUUCUUCCUGUCACCCACACUUGUCCCUGCCCUUUCUCUCCCCACAGCCUCCACAUUCAGUUGUUCAUCAAAUCCCAUUGCUUUUUCCUUCCCGUGUCUCUCCUGUCCCCCACUCCCUCAGGUCUUAUCUCGCACCUGGGCUAUUGCCUUAGCCGUCUAACUCACUUCCCCAGCCCACACCCCCUGCUCAGAAACCUUCAGCUUCCUCGUUUCCAGGAGGAUCAAGCCCAAACUCCUUACUUUGUCAUAUUUGUCCUUUUACCACCUGGCUCUGUUUUGGUGGACUCGGUAGGUUUCUCAGCUGGGUUCCCCUGCACCGUCCAGCACCCCCAAACAAGCUUGGCUCAGUUUAACAUCCGGGGCUUUCUGCCGGAGACUCCCGGAAAGUCUGCACUCUCCUCCGUACCUGAAUGCCCUGACUCAUUCUGCCUUUCUGACCUGGCCAUCCUUAAGACCUGCUUCUGUUCCUCCUCCGCCCUCUCCUCCUUCCUCCUGCCUUCCUCUCCCUUCUCUUCUGUGAAGCGUUUCUUGGCCACCCAGGCCCGGGGAUCUCUGUGUCCUCAGAUCUCCUUUACUUGGACCUCUCCACCUGUAUGCCAGUGUUGGCUUUGCCCACUCCUGCCUGUCACUUCCAGGGAGGGGAGGGAGGAAAGGAGGCGAUGGUGCCGGAGAGCGCAGGUGGAUGACUCAGGACGGUUUCUGCCCCUGUGGGCUGGCUUCCUACUGACAGGGACGAGCUGCUUGGGGAGUUCCCGCUUACACAGGUUAACAGAGGGGAAAAGCUCCCUUGCUUUACUGGAAGGCAAGUCUGUCCCUUUCCCCACCUGCUCUACCCAUUGCGUUCCAGAAAUAGGGUGUUGAACCUGGGGUUUUUCCCAACCCAGAGUUUGUGCUAUGUACAAAAAAACGAGAACCCAGCAGUCAGCUGGACUCAGGAAGUUUUCCGCAGAAGGGAACCUGGACUAGGCUGGUCCAGUCCUUUCGCUUUGUGGAUGAAGAAACUGAGUCUUAGAGAGAGGCUGGUAUGGGAAUCUGAACCAGGCCUUCAACUUCAGCUCAAGUGCUCCUGUUGAAAGGGUCCCAGACCUUCCAAGGAUGACCCUGGUCCUGCUCUCUGGGGAUUGUCCUCUGAGUGGCAUCCAGAGUGCCCUUUUUGGACCACUCUGGCGACCUUCCACCCCAGCUGAUGAGACAGGACUUCUGGGUUCUGCUUCUCAUCUUGAGGGCUCUCUGUGGGUUCUGACUCCUCUCCUGGCCUCAGCUUUCCCAGGACAAUGACAGGCAUACAAAUCUGCAGCCACAGGAGCUGCGGCCCCCCCUCAGGUGAGGAGGUGCCCUGGUCACAUUUCCUAAUUCCAAGCAAAGGGGUUGAGGUGGGGUGGGACUUAGGAGGGGAGGUUACUUCAUCCUAGCCAGUCCUUCAGGCCAGGAGGAAAGCGGGGUGGGGAGGGGGACAGGGUGAACCAGUGUGGGGAGGAGGCCCUGCCUCUCCUAGAUGGGCUCCCGGGGUUCUGAGAGUGAAGAGGCCCCCAGGGACCCUCAGAGAGAGUUCCUACAAUGCCACGUUAGGGGUAGAAGAUGAAAGAGGCAGCCAGAAAGGAAGAGGUGUAGGGAACCUGACGACUUGAUCCUUGGUUAAACACACACACACACACACACACACGCACACACACGCACGCACACACACACGCACGCACACACACGCACACACACACGCACACACAUGCCAUCCUGAGGAGUGAUGUCAGCGUCGCUGAAAGAAGUCGAGUGCUCUGUUGCCGUGGGUGUGUGUCCCCACCCUGCCUCCCUCAGUGUCAGCCCCUCCACCGCCUCCCAUCCCCCACGGCAUUGGGAUAAAUAGCAGGUGCCGUGUGACAAUACUGAGGAACAAAAGGGUGCCCCUGCUCCUCCCCUACUGUGAAGGACAGGAGGGGCAGGUCCUGAAUUGCUGGAAAGACCUAGGGGGGUGCUGUGGGGCUUAAGAGAAGUAGGGGCGAGAGGGGAAGAGCAGAGGGUCGCAGAAGAGGGGUAUGGACAGUUCCCAAGGCUGGGCAGGGGAAUGGGGUCACAUCUGGGGCAAGGGGUCUCCAGGGGUCUUGCAGAGCUAAGGAGCUGGCAGCGGAGGAGGGGGGUUGGGGGAGUGGACAAAGGGGAAAUGGACUCUGUAGGGGGGGCACAGGCCAGAGCAGAUCAGAUCCCCUCCUGGGCUUCUCCAGGACCCCUCAUCAGAAUCUUAAUUCCCCCACAGUGAGCUCACACAAAAGACAGCCCCCUGGAAUCUCGUCUCAGUCGUGUUUCUGACCAGGUCUGUCUGCACCGUCAGAAGACUGUGGGCAGAGAUGGGCUUGGGCCUCAUGCCCAGGUCACUCCACAGAAGGCCCGGCCGCAGUCAGCGUGCAGCAGAUCCUACCUGUGUUACUGCUACUUUUACUACAGUUACGCUGGUGGAUUCUUCCUUGCUCUGCAAACUCAGGCCGGUCACUCUGCCUUCCUUUUCCUAUUUGCCCCUGUACACAUCCCCCAACCCUGCCACACACUCUUGUCCUCCAAAAUUUCCUGGGACUGGUGAGAGGAAAAGAAGAAAAUCUUUCUUGAUGAGGGCAGGACAUCUGGCGGGCAAGGGAGGCAGGGAGCCCGCUUGUGGGGUUUCGGUCAGGUCUGGAGGUGAUCCUGUCAUUGUGGCCCAGGCUGACUUCCUCCUCAGCCCUGCUUGGUGUGUGUAUGUGGUGGGGGGGGGGUUUCUCUGACUUGCGCAUGUGCCAGGUACGGAGCGCCCUGGCUUGGCCAACCCACCCUGGCUUCUUAUCACCGGUCCCUGCCUGGAGAUCGCUGUGUUCCGGGGAAAGGAAAGGUCACUUUGAGUCUCCCCUUUGCUCUAGCUGCUGGUUCCUCCCCGCCUCAUCCAGGGUGGGAACCACAGGGAAAGGGCCACCUCUGAGUGGCCGGGUGGGCUGGAGUGGAGCGGGGCUGGGAUAGGAGGGUUGGGUCUCAGCUGAGGACCGUGUCUGGAGUGACAGUGCAGAGGCCUGUGGGUCUCCAGGGCAUGUUAUCAAUACUGCUUUUAUUUCUACUGUCCCCGUGUUUCUGGGGACAAUUCCCACCCCUCUUCGCCCCCCAAUUCCUCAUCAGUAAUGUCGGGAGAGGACAAGCUGUCGCAGAGUUGCCUCCCUGCGCUUGGGCUGCUCCAGGGCUGGUGUCUCCCGUAGGGGAGGGAUUCCCUGCACCACUCCCUGAAUGCCCACUCCUCAUCUCCAAGCCUGCUCUCCUCUCCCUCUCUGCUUUCCUUACUGGGCAGGGGGCGUGGGUGCUGGGCUGAGGAGAUAAGGUCCAGCAGUGAGAUCUGCCCAAGGUCGUGGGCUCCCUGAAAUGGUCCUUUAAGGUUAGACUCCGAGAUGUCUGUAAGGACACAAGGGUUAGUCUUGCCUGGAAGCCGGUGAGUGGAUGAGGAGACCAGAGAAGGCCUGGGCCACUCUAGUUCAAGGAGUCCAGAGCUCGGUCAGCGCUGUGCCAUCCCUCAUUCCUCCAGGGGGCUCCCUGGGGUCAGACUCUGGCUGUUUAUUUCAAUUCCACACACGUUCUCUAAAUGCCCACUACAAGCUGAUGCCUGGGAAGACUCUGGACAUUAAGAGAGAAAAAGAGUCGGACUCUGCCCCCAGGGUUUCCUGCAAAUGAGCCUCCAGAGUAGUGGACCGGGCCCUGGCAAGUGCCUGGGAAGGCCAUCCUGGUGCGGAGGAGGCCUGUGUGCUGGUCUCCGUGUGGCCCGAGGAAGCUCUUUCCAGGUCUGAAUGCCAGAUCCGAGGGGAGGGAGUGGGGAGCGCUGCGGGGCUCUGGGAGAGGGGUGUCUGUGUGAGGAGGCCAUCCAGGGGCAUAGUCCUCAUGGGGCUGCUCUGCUUGGGACAGCAUCCACUCUGAGGGGCACACCCUUACAGUCACUCUUCCUUCUGGUGCUCAGACCCAUUGGGGCCAAGGGUAAGUGGGAGUUUAUGCUAGGAUGAUAAAAGCUUUGCUUGACCUAGGCUGGGGACCCCGUGAGCUGGUUUUGAGGAACGGGAGCACUUCCUGAGUGUGACUUGGGAUCCCUCAGAGCUGCAGGAUGAGGGGUUGGGAGGCCAGAAGCCUGUGGAGCUGGCCUAAACCAUUGUCCUAGCCCAACUCCUCCUGUGUUAAAGCAUUCACCUGGGACACUGGUCCCCUGGGUCCUGCUCCCCCUGCCUGAGGGAGCUGGCCCCUGGCUUGCCCUCUCCUAAUCCUCGGUUUGCCCUCCUUCCACCUCUUCCAAUUUCUCAGGAUUAAUGGGGACAAAUGAAAUUUCGUGCAGCCCAAGCAGGUACCCCAAGCUGGUGGAGAAGUGAACGAGUGAAAGAGGACAUCGGGGGGGGCAGAAGGAGGGGGAGACAGCCUCGCAGAGCAGGCCGGUGAGCCAAGCAUUAAGAGCUUCUUGCUUCCAAGACUUGAAAAGAAAAGGGAGAGGUGCAUCCAGCCCCUUCAAAGGCUGGUGCCGAGGAGGGUCCAGCAUUUUUGUUCUCUCCUUUGCAGAGCAAAGAAGCCCUUGCAAAGGAGCUGGCUGUUUCGCCUCACUCCGUUUUGGUGUCUGGCAGAACUUCUCCACCAGACCUCCCAUCCUGCAAGCUCCCUUCAGCCUCCAGCUUUGCAGCUGAGGUCCUUACAUGGAGUUUGUUAUGAAAAUUUAAAACCUGCAGAACAGCUGAAAGACCUCCACAGUGAGCACCACACGCCCACCACCUCGUGCCACCGUGACGUUUUGUUGGGUGCUGUGUCACAGUCUCUCCAACUCUCCGUCCCUCUCUCCGUCCGUCCACCCCUCUUAUUUUCGGACGCCCUCCUCAGUGCGGUGCAGGCAUCCGUGCCCGUCUAGGCCAGCACUUCCGCAUCACGUCGUUAACAGAGUUCAAUGUUUGUCACAGCUGUUUGUCUCUCUUGAGGUGAGCUUUACACACGAUGACACACGCGAAUCUCAGGUGUACCAUGUGUGAGUUCUGAUAAUGCCCGCACCCAUCGAGGGACCGAGCAUGGUGAUGACUCCAGAAAGACCCCUCAUGCCGCUUCCCAGCGAAUCCCCACCCCACCCCACCCCACCCCACCCCACAGCCUUCUGAGAUUGCCUCCCACAGGUUGGUCUUGCCUGUUCUGUCCACUCACCCUGUGGAGGAAGUCACACAACGUGCUCUCGGGGAGGCUUCUUUCCCUCAGCAUAAUGACUCCCGCAUCCUCCGGGCAAGAGUCUGCUAUACAUAAAGUCAGACUUAUUGUCAGACAAGAAACAUGUCCCCAAAUCUAAUCUUCGCUCAGCGCUGGGCAGCUGUGCUUUCAAGGGCGUGCUCGGCGCCUUGGUGUGCCCCUUCCGUGCGUCCUUGACCAGCGGGAGGCAGCAGGCUGGCUGGCGAGGCCUGUGAGGCAUGCAAGGUUCCCAGCGCCCAGCCUCCUCUCUCUGCUGCGACUGAAUGGCCCUUUGGGGCACCCCCACCCCUUAUAUCUUCCUCCCACUCAGGCACUGUGGGCUCUGCCUUCGUCACACCCUCCCCACCCGCUAACCCGACCCAGGAGGAUCUGACAGCCAGGCGUUUACCCUAGAUAACUGAUAGUGCAGCUGCACUGUAACACACUGCCUCCCACUGAGGGGCUGCCCCCGCCCGGCACUGACUGUUCCUGCUUUCGUCUCCAAAUGGGCCUCAUAGCUCCCCAGCUCUGUGCCCCUCCGACUUCCACUGAGGCUCCCUCAGGACAGGGAGCCCUGACCGCGUCCCCACGGGGGCCUGAAGGCGUAACUCGGCAGUGUGCAGUGGGCCUGGCGUUUCUUUAAAAAGAUGUCAUAUGGGGCUGGCUCCGUGGCCGAGUGGUUAAG